AUGGAAGAGUUAAAAUCCUGCACUAAUGACAGUCAAAAUGAUAUAGAAGAUCCAUUUACAGUAAAUGAUAUUGAUAGUACACAAUCUCUUGAUUUUCAUCCGGCAGAAGAUCGUGAAUGGCCCUGGAUGGAUCCAUGGAUGGGAAAAAAUGAGGAGCCUUUAGAAGCUUCUUUAAAGAAUUAUAAUGUAGAUGAAACAACACAUUCAGCAGAUGCAUCAAUUAUAGCGGAAGAUACGUUGACGGAAGAGGAAAAAAAGGGUAUUUUGCAAAGUUCAUUUAUUCGUGCAGCAAGCCAUGGAGAUGUUGAACGUAUUGAAUCGAUGUUGAAGGGAGAAUCACGUAAAUAUAUUGAUAUUGAUGGAUGUGACGAAACAGGUGGGACAGCAAUUAUUUUUGCUGCAUGUUUUGGACAUCAAGGUGUUGUCGAAGCUCUUUUGGAGGCAGGAGCAAAUAUUAAUGUACGAGAUAAAGCUAAAUGGUCACCUUUGAUGUGGGCAAUUAAUAAUCAUCAUGGAGGAAUUGUAAAAUUAUUGUUAGCACAUGGUGCGUCAUUUAAUGCAAGAACGAUUGGAGGAAACUCAGUAUUAGAUGUUUCAUCUCAAAUAGAUAUGAUUGAUAUUUUGCAAGCAUUGCAUGUAGAAGAAUCUUUAGAAGAUGGGGAAAGUUUUGAAGAUCAUGAAUGGUAUCAUCAAGGAUGUUUAGAGCAGAUAGAAAAAGAAAAAAUGACAGAGAUGCCAACAUUGUAUGAUUUAGAAGUAGAUUUAUCAAGUAUUGGGCUUGAAACAUCUAGUAAAGAAUUAGAUGACAUUGAAGAAGUAUUUUCAGAAGAGGAUUUUGUCUGGAAUAAGUGUCUGCCUGAACAAAUGUAUGUUUUUUCAGAAGAUCAUAUUUCAUGUAUAUUGGAUCUUGUUAUUACGAAUUUCGAGCCGUUACGUUCUAGAGAUCAGAAGGUUAUUCCAGCAGAUGUGAUUUUUUUAUCGAUUCGUUUUGCUCAUUAUUAUGGUACAAAGGAUAUGCUUAAUAAAUUAUUGUGUGAUACAUUAAAUCGUAUUCGUGUACUUAUUCAUGAUAAACCGGAUGAUAUGGCUAUUUUGGCAUUUUGGAUUUCAAAUUGUAUGCUUCUUUUGUACUAUAUUAAAAAAGAUUCGGGUCUUUUGGUAACAAUUAUUGAUUUUCAGCUUCAAUUAACAGAGUUGAUACAUGAUAUUUAUUUAGCAUUUCUACAAGAAACUAAAUUUCGUAUUGAAAAACAUUUAAAUAAUUCUAUUCUUGAUUAUGAAACUAUUUCUACAUUUGACAAAGUUGCAUUUGAAAAUAAGUGGUAUACUUUUUGGCGGCAGAAGAAGAAGAAUUCAGUUUAUUUUUCUCCGGAAAAACAUGCAACACCAUCUCCUCUGUUGAUUACUAUUCUUUUUUCGUCUAUUUUUUUUAUUCUUGAUGUAUAUCACGUUCAUUUUGUUAUUUUUAAGCAGGUUGUAAAUCAAAUAUUCUAUUGGUUUAAUGCAGAACUUUUUAAUCGUAUUAUUACGAAAAAAGGCUAUCUUUCAAGAAGCAAAGCGGUGAAUAUUCGUCUUAAUAUUUCAGUAAUUGAGGAUUGGGCUAGAGUAAAUAAUUGUCAAUUUCAGAAAAAAAUGCAUAUAAAAUCUUUAAAUUCGAGAUAUAAGUCUUUUGAUAUCUAUGAUUCUUUCAAGAGCCAUAUAGCUCCUUUAGUACAAUUGCUUCAGUGGCUUCAGUGUCUUACUUCCUUAAAUAGUAUUGAGAAUAUUGAAACAACCGUAGAUACAUUGAAUUUACUUACAUCAACUCAAUUAUUGUAUAUUGUUAAAAAUUAUAAAUUAGAAAUUGACGAAAAUAAAAUAGGGAAAGAAAUAAUACAAUAUCUUUCCAGGAAAGAGGAGAAAGAUAAAGAUAUUAAAAAAGAGUCUAUACAAGACUCAGAAAACUAUUUUACAAACGAUACAUUUGAUAACCCUAAACCACCAUCUUUCGAUAAAGGAAAAUUUAGAAGUUCGAAUCUUUUAAUGAACGUUGACUUAAUGCUUCCGUUUAUUUUGCCAACUGGUACAGAUCUUUUGGCUAGUUAUGGUUCUAAAAUUAUUAAAGUGGAUAAGAAAAAAAAAAGAUGUUUUAUACCUGUAAUACCAUCCGAUUUUAUGGACUUAUUGAAAACAAAGGUUGACCAUGGCAAUAAAAAAGAGCAAACAGGAACAAAUAAUGAGGAAUUAGACGAUGAGGAAAUCCAAUCUGCUGGAGAUAACGAUUUAUCAGAAAAUUUUAAAACAUAGUAUUAUUGGAAAUAAGAAUCAUCC